AUGGCUGUCAGUGAAACCGAGGUGUUUGUCUGUAACAACUGUAUGAUCAAUGCCGACAUUUAUGACUUAUGGCUGAAAGGAAAUUCAGUGUCAGAGGCAACCAAGCAUCAGCAGAAUAAGGUGUCCCUGAAGAAGUUUGGUGCCACACUCGAUGACCUGCAGAGUGAUAUAGUGGACCACUACCGCCUGUUUGCUGGGCUUGAGGAAAUGCUGAAGACACCUCCACGACUCAAUCACCAGCUGAUGUAUCAGUUUGAUCCUGAGACUGUGCACAUGCUGAUUCAGAAGUAUUAUUGCUUUGAUGCUUCUGUGAUGCGUGAGAUCUUUGGUCGCAAGCUGGGCACACGCAGCCGCAAAGAUCUGGAUGAUAUCAGUGAAGAAACUGGUGUUGCUGUACGUAGCGUCAGGCGACAGUUUGAAAAUGCCAAGAGAGUCUUUAAGACAGUGGAGGAAUUGAGUGGACGUUUGGUGGACAAUAUUCAGAGCCAUUACUGUCUUCACGAAGACCUGGCAAAGUCUUAUGCAGCAGUGGUGUUUAUCUCAAAUAACAGAUUUGAAACAGGAAAAAAGAAACUCAACUAUUUAUCAUUUGAGGAUUUUGCUGCUUGUGCUAACUACAUGAUAUCACACUGGUCCUACAGCUCCGAAGAAUGUCAGCACCAUGAAGAUAUGGAUGUGGAUAUGGACCGAGACUUUCUCCUUGAUCUUCGAGAGGUCAAAGUUCUUAUGGAAAGAGAGUAUGCAGAAGAACACAGGGGGUUGAUGCUUCGGGCUCUGCAGCCAGUAAUGAGGGAAAGAGUCCUUGUGGAAAUGGACAACAAUUUUCGAUCGAUCUCUAAAACAAUUAUCACAAUUGCAAAUGGGCUCAACCACAGCAAGGAAUCCAGGGACAUCUUCAUUGACAUCUAUGAAAAGCUGAUAGAGCCUUGGCUGCUGAUGUCAUGGACAAAAGCUGACGCUAAAGUUUUCUUGACUGCAUUCAAGGACACGGCCCUACAACUGGAUGUCUUCAGGUCCAACCCCAAGUUGGUGAAAGUCUGGGAGCGCUACAUGGCCACAUUCACCCCAGUUGUGCUACGGAUGUACCCACGGUGA